AUGGCGGAGAAAGGGGCAGGGAUGGCCACUCUUAGAUUCACCUGCAUCAUAGUUUGUGCUGUUUUACUGGGACAAGGAUCCCCUGAGAAGACAGGAGGUGGUAAAGACGACCAAAGAGACGCCAUUCUUCAGGAAAUUAUUUCAAAAUGGAGUAAAGGAGGCGGCUGGAAUCCUCAGAGAGCUACUCCAGAAACAAAUAAGGAUCAGUCUGUGCACCCUUGGGUGAGGAAUAUCAUGGGGAGACUAAAAUCGCUUGGGCUUCUUCCCAGCAAGACUCUGCCUUCACUAAACAAGUCAAUUGACAGACACCGGCUCUCUGGCUUUCUCUACAACAUCUCCCUGUACCUCCAAGAGAUGGGCGCUGAGCUGGAGGAGGCACCGGCGGAGCCAGACGAGCAGCAGCUGUGGGAGAAGGUGCUGCAUUUCUUGCUCCAGUCGGAAGGGAGCACUGCGCUGAACCAGUGGAACGGCCAGGUGCCACCGCGACCCAGCGUCAAACUGCAGGACUGGUUUUUGUCCCUGAGGGGUAGUCCUCACUGGGACUGGCUCCUGGGGCUGCUGCAAAGUCUCCUCUCUCUCUCAGAGCGUCAGCCCCACAGGCCUCUCCUGGCUUUCUUAUCUCAGAACUGGAGAACAGUGAGCGCCGUGCUGGAAGCUGCACUACAAGCUCUGGUCAGUGGGACGUACGGCCAGGCCAGUGCCGGCCUGCAGGGCUUCAUUUGUGCUCUAAAGGGUCGCAAUGACUGUGCCUUCAGCGUCAGUUGGCUUCAGCAGGUGCUGCGUUUCUUAGAAACCCGCAACUGGAAGCCUGUGGUCAGUCUACACCCAGCAGGAGGGGAAGCAGAACACAACAAGGGCUCCGGUGCAUUUGGACGUUUGAAGCCCUUCAGCAUGCCUCCUGAGGCCAUGAGGCAGGACGGGUUGUCUGGGAACGUAUCUACAGAAGACAAGAGGGCUACAGAGGAAGACCCAGACUCUAUGCAGAGUUUCCUGCUGCAGGCGUUAUCACGUUCAGGUGGAGGAGAGCGAGGAGGCCAGAACGUAGCUCUUGUGCAGGGUUUGGAUGGGCUGAGGAGGGGCCUCCUGCACAGGGUGGGUAGUUCUGUGUAUGGUAAUCUGAGGAGGAAAGUGUCACGAGUUACCAUGGCACUGCUUGAUGAUGUCAGCACCUUGGUGGAUGUGCCACAGCCCAGCGCUCAGAGCCGGUGCUCAGUCGGUGACCUGAGACAGCUGAUCCUAUGGGGGAUAAGGCAUAACGUGACAUGGAACACCCAGGCUUUAGGCGUUCGAUCCCAGGGCCUCCCAAGCUCACUCCCAUUCCUGUCAUGCCCAUCCGCUGAAGGAGAUGGACUAAGAUCACAACAAAUACACUCUUCUCCUAAAACAGCCCCUUCUUCACGAACAGUAUCCAAACACAACCGCCUUCAUGAACUCUCCACUGCGCCUCGCCACUCCCAGGUCAACCAGUCAAAAACAGGGAACGCAAGAGAGAUGAGCAGUGAGCAGAGGAAAGAGACAGAGUACCCCACCUCAACAGAAAUCCUGGAGGCAGCGUGUAAUGAAUCCAUCCCGGGCCUGACAGGGGUCUCCAACUUUACUGUGUUCCUCUACUGUAAACUGUUUGACGGGGAGAACGGGGCAAUUGAUCCUGCAGUGGCUCAGAUGGGGCUCGACCUGCAUGCCACCUGCUCCGAUGCAGCGUGGUACCUGUCUGCUGCAGAGGACGACUUCCUCUGGGUCCAUGUCUGCAGCGAGUUCUUCGCCCAUGAAUUCAACAACACUGUGUGUGCCAAUUCCUCAUUCUGGCUGCAGAAAGCACAUCAGGCUGCAGUGACUAAGGACUACCAUUUUUUCAACCAAACAAGCAUAGACGAGCUGUGUGUACAGCUGUCCGGUGGGGCAAUAGGAAGUCCUGAACUCGAUGAGAGCUGUCUGGCUCAGUUGGGCAGCAGGUCGCUCAGUGCCCAGGCUUUCAGACACUGCUUCCUGCCGAACAACUCCGUCCUGAUUGCAGCUUUGUGCGACAGAGAGUCCCCUGACUCGCAGCCAUCCUUGCCAGACGCCAGCUGGGCUGCAGCAUACUGCUCCAAAGUACUCAACCUCUCCCAUGCUGAUGCCAUCGAGGAGAGCUGUCAAUACAGGGAGUGGGCUGCGCAUCGCUUCACCAACACCACCCUCCUGGAGCUCUGCGGGCAGACACCUGGGUUGAGAGAGUACAUGUGUCUGAACACCUCACUGUACAACCAGCUGCUAAGAUCUGUGCCUCAGUUUGACGAUUUCUGUGCUGACCUUGAAGCAGAACUCGAGGGCAGGAAGUGCUUCUUGCAGAGGUUUUUUGACAUGCUCCCAGCGCCAUAUGAGUUUGACACAUCGCAGCUGUGUGUGGACCCAGCCCCACUGCUGGUUGACAUCUUUCACAAGCUGAGUGUGUGUGAGGUCGAGGGAGGUGAGCGUGAGGGGUUUUUAGUGGCGCUGGGAUACGUUUUGCGAGUGUUGGACUUCAUGGUGGGUCUCUCCUCGGGGCUUGAUGAAGGGGAAGGGGAGGCAAGAAAAGGGUUGGGUCAGGCCAUCCUCCUCUCCAGUCUCCUUGACAACACAUCCUGGACUGCGCUGCGACCAGAAGCCUCAACGAGCGUCCUCCGCACUGUGGGAGUCUUCCUGCGCCGCGAGCAGAACACCACUCUGAAAGAGGACCUGCUGAGCUGCUUCAGUCCUGUCUUGUGGGACCUCAUCCGGUGGGACGACAACUCAUCCGCUCUCAGGGUGCUGCUGCAGGAGUACCUCCAGAUGCCAAGAGACAGCAUUCGCACUCUUGUGAUGUCUGCCGAAAAAGAUGCUGUGAAGAGAUUUCUCUCCCAUAUGCACCAAAGUUGGGAGGAGCUACAAGUUGAAACCAGCCAGGCCUCUCAAAAAGAGCUGCAGGCCAUGGAAACAAUGACCGCAGCCUUCAUCCACAAGUUCCCCCGAGUGACCCCGGAGCUGUUCGUAGACCUGUCUCAGUUCAUCCCUUUCAUGUCUGUCUCUGACAUUAUGAGCUUCCCCGCCUCCCUGAUUAUCAACGACACUGUAUUGACGGCCAUUCGUGACCACAGCUCAGGGAUGAAGUCACUGCAGAAAAAGGCCUUCGUAAAGCGACUCCUGCAGUCGAGUGUGGUGGGUGACGUCCCUUCGUGGCCACCGUACUUUCUCAGUUCCAUCCUCCCACUCCUGCCUUACCUCCCAGUCAGUCAUUUUCAGCUACUGACAUCACAACAGCUUGCUCCUCUAGUUGAGUUGCUGGGCAACGGCAGUCUGGAUGGCGUAAGGGGGCGCCAUGUGCUCCGCACCCUCUUCAGCAAGAAGAAGAAUCUGACCAGUGAGCAAAUACUGAGGUUAGGAGUCCUUGCAUGUUACCUGGAUCCAGCGGUCCUGGGUUCGUACGUUCAGGACUCUGCUGUGUCCUCUGCUCUCUGGCAGCAGCUGGCUCAGUGCAUGUCCAAGGGGUUCGUCUGUGCCAGCGGUCGAUUGUCCUCUUGGCUGAUACCAGCACUUCAGGCCCUGAAUGUCAGCAGCAUGUCUCCUCAAGAGUUGUCUGCUCUCAGUGGUCUUCUACCCCAACUCGGAGCUUCUUUCCUGCUGUCUCUCCCCUCACAACAGCUCCUGGAAGUCCUCUCACAACCAGGAAUACACAAAUAUUCCCCAGCACAGGCCUUUCAACUGUUAUCCAAGAUUUCAGAGGACACCAACCUCACCAUGGAGAGACUGUGCAGACUGAAGCCGUUGCUCUCUGGUCUCUCCCCUGCUGUGCUCAGAAACCUCCAGUGGCCUGAGAUCAGUCAAACUGCCCACUGUCAGUGCUGGAGAACGCUGUUGACCGAGCUCAAGCCGGGCCAUAGGGCCAUGCUGUACAGUGCAAUUCAGGAGGCUUUACACCGAGACCUGCUGAACUUCACACAGCAAGUAAACUGCCUUCUCCCAUUUGUACCUCUGAGGAAGCUGAUGGAGGCCACGGAUGGAGAAACAGUCCCGAGACACAUAAGCCUGUACCGAGACGUUCACUGGUCGCCACAGCAGGCUCAGUUUCUGUUUAAAAAAGCCUAUGACUUUGAAAACAUUACCUUCAAGUCAGUGAGGUCUCUGGGUCAAAUCGCCGGUGGCAUGAGCUGUAACUUUCUGAGGCUUUGGACCAACGAUACAGAUUUUGCAGAGCUGCUUCAGUUUGUUAGUGAGCUGCCUGGAGGCAGGAGACCUGCCCUGAGGAAAUGUAUUGUAGAGGAAAUGAGGAAACAUCCUGAACUCGACCUCACUGUUUUGAACCCUGGGUUUGCUGCAACAUUACCAGUGACGAUGAUCGAGAAUCUCUCGAAUGCCUCCUUCAAAGCCAUUCUGGACAACAUCAAUGCAAACUUUGCUGAUUUCCUCAGAAUGCCUCAUUACAAGCAGAUGAAUUUAGCUGAGAAGGCCAAAGCUGAGCUGGGCUCUUCUCAGGCUGAGGAGGAGAUUGAUGGUACCACUCUGGACGCCCUGGGGCCUUUACUGCCUUUCUUGGACCGGGACAGUCUGGCUCUGGUGAACAGUGGAGCUCUGACUCUGCGGCUGGAGGAGAUGAGAAGUUUCUGCCUUCCUAAAGAGGCUCUGAGAGACAUCAGUUCCCUGCUCACGCAGAAAGACUUGCUUGGGGAUCCUUCCAAAUGGCAAGUUUGGGAUGUCGAACAUUUGGGCAGAUUGGUGUUUUCUCUCUCAGCAAAGCAGAUAGAUGCCAUCUCACUGACCGUGUUGAAUAAAGACACAGUGGAACAGGUCCUGGUGGCUCAAAGGUGCUGGGAGAACAGUGUGUUGGGUGGAGUCUGUAGUACUCGGUGUGUGGACCAGCAUCGCCGGAAAGAGCAGACGCAGAGUCUCAUCCGAGGGAUCGUCAAAGCACGGAACAGGAGGGCAAAAGUGCCGGUUCCGAGCUGUGCAGAUAUCAGAGGGACGUUUCCUUCAGCCUGGACAUCCACUCAACUCAGUCGUAUGUCGCAGGAGGAUCUGAAACAGUGUGUAGAAGUUCUUGGUCAGGAUGCUUCACUGAGCUCUGAGCAGCGCCGCUCACUCUGGAUGAAACUAAAGCAGUCCUUCAGUGCAGUGAGAGAGCUGAGGGCGGAUCAGGUGCUGUCUCUGGGCUUUAUGGUGACUGAGAUGGGAGAGAGGGAGCUGCAGGACACAGAUCUCACUGAGGCGGGUGUGUUGGCACAUCUGGGGACGCUGACGGGCUGGAGCCCUAAAAAGAUGAGGGCAGUGGUUCUAGGUGUGAUGCGGAGACGCAAACUGAAAGUGGAGCAGUUAACAGUUGUUGAUGUGGCAACAUUUGGCCAUCUGAUCUGUGGUCUGUAUCCCUCAGAGAUCAAGAGACUGACCCCGUACAUCCUCAGUGUGGCGGCCCUGUUCUUGCGGGAGAUGUCCCUGCCGUGCACAGAACAGCAGAUGGAGGCGUUGGCAAGUCGUUUGUCCAGGCCGGAGGCCUUUGGGCCCGUCAGUGCAUGGGGACCCGAGGUUUUCACUGAAAUUGGGACACUGGCAGUCGGCCUGCAGGAUAUGGCGCUGUCAGCUCUGGUACAAGAACAAGUGGAGGGAAUCACCCCUGAAGCCAUCGCCCUGAUGUCACCAGAGAAGAUGGCAGUGGUGUUCAGUGCCGUUCAGUUGUCGUGGCUGAGUGCGGAGCAGGCGUGGGCCGUCACCGAGGAGCAGUGGACCGAGCUGGACACUGAGCAGAGACACGCAGUGGGGCUAGCUCGGUUUGAAGGAGACGCCCUGUUGGAGCUGAGAGGGAGAAACUUGGCUCCAGCUGCCCUGAACACAGACGGUGCUGCUUUCUGCUCACUGGCUCUGUGCCUCCUGUUGUGGACACUAAUUUAAAAUGCUAAAAAUAAUUAAUUGUCCAAUGACCUUCCUUGGUAUCAUCAUAUUUGUUAUCAUCGUAUUUGUACACCAAAUAAAUAUUUUGAACUGUCCUGUUCCUUCUGUGCUCUGGUCCUUUAGAUUAUGUUUCAUCUGCCUGUGCUCUGCUGCACAUACUUCACU